UUAAGGCCGCCAUGUUUUCCCGUUAAGUCGAGCCAGUGACAUUUUUUCUAUGUAAGCCUUGGCCUGCAUAAAUUAUGUUCAUGACGUAGUGCAAAAUGCCAAAAUUGUAUUAAUUUUGCGGGACUUUUUUGCUGAUAUCGACUCAGUGCUUUGUCCUCAGGUGUUUAGACUUCACCUGAGCAAUAGUUGACGAAGAUCGUGAUUAAAUAUUUAGGAAAGGAGGUUCUUCGCGCUGCGACCCUCCUUAUCAAUGCAAAUACCUCUUUUGUGUGCAGCCAUAGCGCCUGUCUGGAAGCUGUGAGGUGAAUUUUUAAUUAUGUGUGUCUACAUGAAACUGUGCCAAAGCUGUCCGAAAGAGGAGAAUCUACGAUAUUAACCGACAUUCUGAAGAUCCUCACAGGUGCUGAGGGCUUGGUCCUCACUCAAAAUGCUGAGCCAGUGAGAUUCAACGGGGUGACCCAGUUCUGAAGCAUGGACUCCGAGGAGCUCUCGGCUAAUAAACCACCCCUCACCGUUAACGAACAGCCAUUAGGUUCCUGCACUGUGCAAUUCUCUGCUCAUGACGACCAGGUCAUUGUGAUGUCUGGCCAUGAGACGAUCCGUGUCCUCGAGGUGGAGGUUGACAGUUCCCUAACGUCCUCGGAUAGGAAGGCAUUGGCGGAGGUCGAGGAGGGGGGUAAGCUGACCUCAGAGGGAAGGGCUCAGAGCAGUCCCACUGAAGCCAAUAAGACAAAGACUGGAGCAUUGGGAGAGGCGGUGGUGUCUGCAGAGGUUUCAACGCCUGCUGCUCAGAUUCUGUCUGGCCAUGAAGCAGUCAGUGUGUCUGUCCAUCAGCCACAGACCACUCUACCCAUCACUGUCCAGGCCUGUCCCCAGGUGCUGACACAGGAAGGCUUGGCCACCCUAAUGACAAGCAUGAUGGCCCCACAUGGCUCCCUGGGGCAGCCUCUGCUCAUCCCCUUCAGCAUGGGCAACUCUGUGACGGGGCAGGGAGGCAUGGCACUGCUCACCUUUCCCACAGCCACCGUGGCCACCCUGCCCGGCCUUGCUGCAGCCAGCUCAGCCGGGGGCCUCCUGAAGCUGCCAUUCGCUGGCCUGCAGGCUGCCACCAUGCUAAAUUCAGUCCAGCCGCAGCUGCAGAUGCCUGCACAGACGCUCUUCGCCCCCCAGACCUUGCAGUCGAUGCAGGCCGCAGUUCAGACAUGCACACAGAGCACGCCGACCACCGCAGCGCAGAUUGCUACAGCAACGACGGCCGCCACUCCCAAGGUCUCUGAGCCGAGCGCAUGUGUGGCGACGCUGCAGACGGCCGGGCUCUCAUUAAACCCCGCCAUAUUCAGUGCAGCCUCUCUGGGUGCCCAGCCACAAUUUAUCAGCUCCCUGACUACAACUCCCAUCUUCACCAGUGCCAUGCCCAAUAUGGCUGGACUCACCAGUCACCAGAUCAUCACCAAUGCCCAAGGACAGGUGAUUGGCACCUUACCCCUGAUGUUGAAUCCUGCCUCCCUGGCCGGUGGUGCCACCACACAAGCUUUGUCCACGCAGGGCCUCCAGCUGCAGACGAUGGCCCCUCAGCUGCUGCUCAACGCACAGGGCCAGAUCAUCGCCACCAUCGGCAAUGGCCCUGCCCAGGUGCCCACCUCCUCCGCUGUCCUACCUAAGGCCGCGACAGCUCUGACUCUCACCAAGCCAGCCUCCCAGGGUCCUGUGGUGACAGUGGCCCAGUCCCCUGUCGUCAUCGCUCCACAGCCCUCUGUGGUGAAACCAGCACCCCCUUCACUGGCGUCCGCAGUACCCUUGGCCUGCGGAGAGGCACCCACCGUCGGGCAGCUUGUCAGCAAGCCUCAGCAGGGUGGUACGGAUGAAGAGUGCAUAAACCUUGAGGAGAUCCGUGAAUUUGCGAAGACUUUCAAGAUCCGCCGGCUCUCGCUGGGCCUCACACAGACGCAGGUGGGCCAGGCACUCACGGCCACAGAGGGUCCCGCCUACAGCCAGUCUGCCAUCUGCAGGUUUGAGAAGCUGGACAUCACCCCCAAGAGUGCCCAGAAGUUGAAGCCAGUCCUGGAGCGCUGGCUGGCCGAGGCCGAGCUCUGGAACCAGAAGGGCCAGCAGAACCUGAUGGAGUUUGUGGGUGGAGAACCGUCCAAGAAGCGCAAGCGGCGCACCAGCUUCACGCCGCAGGCCAUCGAGGUGCUCAACUCCUACUUCGAGAAGAACGCGCUGCCCACGGGCCAGGAGAUCACGCAGAUCGCCAAGGAGCUCAACUAUGACCGCGAGGUGGUGCGCGUCUGGUUCUGCAACCGCCGGCAGACGCUCAAGAACACCAGCAAAAUUAAUGUCUUUCAGGUGCAGCAGCAGCAGCAGCAGUUACAACAGCAGCAACAGCAAAAGCAUUGAGAGGAGCUGCUCGCGAUUGGCUGUUCAGCAGUGCAAUAGUGGGACAGACAGAGGGGAGGAGGGUGUAGUGGGGUUGGGGUUUGGGCCGCAGGGAGAGUUACAGGAGAUGGGACAAGAGAACAGCAUGAAGGAAUAAGGAAAUAUUUUUAAUACUGCAAAGUGAAAGGCACUUUUUGGGGGAAAGAUGAAGGCAGUCUAAUAAACGCACAGAGAAAAUGAACGCAGUUGAAACACAAGGAUGAAGCCUGUGAGACACGAUGCUAGAUGUUGGCAACUCGACGCUCACCUGUCUCUUCACCUUUUUUAUACUAAAGAAUAGUCGGAACUCUCUAUACCCACCACAUUCUUUUUGUGGUUUUUUCGAAAUAUACUGAAACAAACCCUCAUGUGUCAUUGGAGGAAGUACAGUUGAUUUCAUAUUGGAAGCUCAGUAUCACAAACAGUACAUUAUGAGUAAGCCUUUAUGUGGCCUCAGCUAGAGGUCCUUCAUCAGCCACUGAGGAUAUGUUCUUGGCGUUCUUUCCCCGCCAUCUUGUUGUUGCAAUUUGCCCCAGAAAGAUGGUGGGUGUCCUAUGUAAGCUACACUCCCAAAAGACUCCAGGUCUGUGCACAGCCACAGAGUCUCUGGCCUCGUCCAUUUUUCUUUUCAGUCAACCCCUUAGAGGUACGUAUCAUCUGUUCUCUCUUCAACUUUAUAUGUGUUUUGUAUGAGGUGUUGGGUUUGUGGGUGUGUGUGUGUGUGUGUGUGUUUGUUUUGUCACAUUUGACAAUCACACUGUUUUCAAGUCAGAGAAAUGCAUGCCCGUUGUUUCCAGUUGUGAAAUUUUCUGUUUGCCAAGAAUUUCUGAAUGUGUUUUUAACCACAAAACCAGUGGUACAUGCCUAUUGUUCUAAAUAGAGAGCCAGAGUCAUACACAUACAAUUAUUGUAAACAGUUUCUGUUAGUGGAUAUGUUUAGUGUGGUUUUCAUUCUGCCUAGGUUAGGCAGGGAUAAGAGAUUCUGCUGGAAUACAUAAACAUAAUGACAACCUGUCAAGGCCAUUUUGGGAAUUAAUUUCAGUAACUCCUUAUCAGAAACCAAUGUUCUCCAAUGCAACAUUGAAUUCUAAAAUAUUAUAUUGUGAAUAGAGCGACUGAUAUAAAUUCUGUAUGUUUACAUUAAUAUUUUGCUUUCAUUAAUAAUAACAUUUCAAUAUAAUUGAAAACAUUUCUAUUGUUAUUAUCAUUAAAUAAUAACUUUUAAUUGUCCUUGUAAAGUUUUUAUUUUGAGUGAUGGAUGGGUUCUAAGAACAUGUAUUCAUAACACAGUUCCUGACCAGUUUGGAGCAGGGUAAUGUAUGUUCUGAAGAUACUUUACUUUUAUACUGAUAGUGAAGUGGCUGCAAAAAGAUUUGCAGAAUAAUACGAGACAAAUUUCCCAAAUUAGCUCUGCUCUCAGAUGAUUUUCUGUAAACUGAAUGGGUUUUUGGGCAAGUGUGUUAAGGAAACAGAAGAACUGAAGUUUGCUAUGUAAAUAUUCAGACUCAACAUGCUAAUACUACACCUCCCCUUACAGGUUGACAUCAUUACUAUAUAGAGUUGAGAGGUCUCUGUUACACUAUGGGGUUUGAACAAUUAUUGUUGUUGCUACCAGAGUUUAUAACCUCGGUAAGAUUAUAUCCAGUCAGGCCAUUUAUAUAACACAGUAGCAGUAUUUUGGAUUUAUACAGUUUUUUUUAUUAAAUGCUUUACAGAUUAACACAAACAUUGAGACAAAGGAAAAAAUUAACUUUGAGAGAAGGGAAGAAAUUUUGACACAGAAAUUGUAAUCGCCUUGCCAAAGAACAUUAACAUUUCACAAACAGAGGAGCCAACUUCAAUACAAUCAUAUCAAUGGAAACCGACCCUAAUUAAAAGCAACAGUACAUAAUAAAUGGUGUCGCGUGUCCAUUGUGAGUGAUGGAGAAUUUACAGCAGACAACACAGAGGCAUAUGGCACAAAUGUGGCUCUUAAAAAGCUAAGCUGCUGUCAAAACUGAUUCUUACAUUGCUGAUAUGGGCUUGGCCAUGAUGAAUGAAAAAUUUAGGUAAACCAGCACUGUCUGUAUGUUUUUAUUUUGAAUGACAGGAACCAGUUUACUUAAAGAUUUCCCAUAGACAUCAAGUGCUAAGGAUGUAGGCAUGCUGAUGGAGGUAAAUGUUAUUUUUACACAAUAUCCUGGCUAGUGAAGGCUUGCUGUGAGCACAGAAUGACGAAAUGUUCAGGGCUUAAACACAAAUGAACCCAGCAUUACAAAAAAACCUUUUUUGGUUUUGGUAAGGUUUUUACUCCUUACAACGCAAUACAAUAUUGCUACGUUGGAAGUACAGCUUUUGCCAUUAGACAUGCCAACAGCCAUUUGAUGAGAUAUGCAUUGGUAUCUUUAUUGAAAUGAAUUGUAAAUUGAACCUCCCAUUCACUCUAGAAAAACAACACUGAUUAAGUACGGUUUAAUAAUUACUCUCAAGUGACUUUCAAGUAAUGGGAAGUUUGAUAUAUGAUUUUAAUUAGCUGCCCAUUUAUUAAAAACUGGAUAUUCACAAUAGCACUAUAACACGGUUCAAAAUGGUUACUCAGUAUUGUUUUCCCCCCAUUAAUACAUUCACCAUGUUCAAACUAAUGGAAUGCUUAUGAAUUUCUCAACUAAGCUUUGUUCUUUUUACAAGAGUGUGACACAUUCCAUGCAACUUAAAUUUCUUGUACAAAGUUAUAUUUAGUCUUAAAAUUUUAAGAUGCUUUUUGAAACUAUAGGAUAUGUGCUAAAUGUACCAAAAUGGAAAGGCCCUCCUUUUAUCCAUCACAGCCAUUUGACAUUGGGGACUGCAAAUAAAUCUGAUGUCAGCUUUACAAUUCCUUGACAUUUUGUAGGAAAUUAAGCACAAUGUUUGUAGAUCUUACAGGUCAAUCAAACUCAUCUUUUUAUUGUCCACAAGUAUAGUGCAUAAAGCUCUGGCAGUCAUGUAAAAUGUUUAGCCAUGUCACAUGUCCUUUUCAGGUUUUGUUUUCCUACAUUUUAUAUUGUGCUUCUCAAAACUUUUGAUGGAAAAAAAUAAAUACAUAAAAUAAAUUGGUCAUAGGCAUAGGGAAAAAAUCCGCUGGUAGGACCUGUGCUGUAAAAAUGCCCUUUGCUAGCUUCAAAAUAAGAUCAAGCAGGUAGAAAGCCAUGGGCAUGUUACUGCUCUCUAUUCGUCAUCUACUGUUACUGCUCUCUAUUAAUCAUCUACUGUUUCUGCUUCUGUUCCAGUUCUUCUGUUCUAAUUUAACAAGAUUUAAUAACUUCUCAUUUAUCUGCCUUUAAAAGGAAUGGUAGCCUAUGUGGUAAAUUACAUUUCUCAGGCUGUUUCCUUUUUUUUUAAAUGCCUUUACUCUGUAAAACCUAAUUCUGUGAUCAAACUAUUUGGUUUAAUAUAAACCCCCCAGAUUAUUGGAUUUAAGACCCUUAAUCUUACAUGCACAACAAUCUGGUCUCUCUCUCUCUCUCUGUCUUUCUCCAAACCAUCUCCACCAUUUCAAAGCUCCACAGGCUUUAAUGACAUUCUGUAUGCUUGUUCUUAAACAGAUACCAUGGCAAGUUAACUGCAUUCUCAUGUUAUUGAUAAAUAGCCUACAUAUUUUCUAUUCAUACAGUAUUUUAAAUGGAUACAUCAUCCCUUAUCGUGAGUAAUGUCUGUGUCACACAUGGAUGCCAGGGUUGCAUCCAUGGGAGGGCCUGCACCGUAACAUCUUGAAGAACAGGGUCAAUGCUAUAUGUCAGACAUAUGGACCCUAACUCAAGCACACGUGGAUUCUUGAGUUUCAAUACAGUCCAUAUAGGCAUUAUGCAACAGAAAUACUAUUACACCCAAAAGAAUGGGCGUAUCUUUUCAUAUUCACAUUUGUGCAGUGCAUCCCACAACAUUUUCCUGAUGGGCUGUACAAUCGGCUGUACAACAGUAUAAAGAUCCCAAUACAUAAUCAAUGUGUGAAAUGCCUAGAAUCGUCACAUCGUCACGUCACAUCCGAUAAUUUGAGGGGUGCACUUAAAGCAAGGGAGUUUCUGGUCAAGGUUUUUUUUUCAUUCAAUUUGUGCAGGUUUUCAGAUACUCUGUAUUCAUUUGCUUUGCUGCUGUCUUAAACAAUGUGCUAAAGAGAAGGUGGUGCUACAACUUUAAGGCAGUGCAGACACUGCAUUUAUCUUAAAAGCUCUAUAAAAUGACAAAUUUCUACUAGAUUACUUACAAUGCGUGCCAUCAUGAAAUCAAGAGUGUGAUAAUUGAGAUAUGAAGAUAACUUUAUAAAUGUAAAAUAAAACUUACAUUUUUCAUUCAUAAAUGUCAAUGUUGGGGUUUAACAACAAAAAUGCCAUUCUAUAAGCUUUUAUGUAGCGAUUUUGAGUAUGAGCCUCACUGCUGUGUGUGCCAGGUCUUAACAGUCUUUCGUGUAUGAAAUUGAAUGAUACGUAUUGUUUGAAUUAUGUCUAUGCCAAUAAAUUGACAUUUUACUUACUA